AUUUCAGAUCUCAUCUCUUUUAAAAGUAAAUAUCAUAUGAUGCUGUAGUCAAUAAGUUUUAUAUUCUUAAACAUGUGGGUUUUUAACUAAAAGUUGGAUCGAGUUUCAAGAUAUCAUGUAACUUCUACAACCUACAAAAUAUUCCCUAUAUGUGCGAAAUCCAAACUUAAUGAUCGAGUAACAAUCUGAAAAGGGCCUUUUCUAGCAUUCCCAGUAUGAACGGUCUAGCGGAUAAUCUAUUUUGCGUGAAACACUUGGGCAAUAUCGUGAGGAUAUUUGUCAGUGUGACUCCUUCAAAUUAAAGUUACUGACUGUUAAAAACAAUGGACCCUCAUAACAGUCGCUUCUGAGCUUCUCAUAAUGAGCUUUUUCCUGUGGCAUAUUGUGACAUCUGUCUUGUGGUUUUCGUCGUCACGCUAUGCGUGACAUGUAAGAUGAUUACCCCUGAGUCUAAGCGUGCUUGAAACCUACUGGGGUCUGGGAACAGGCGCGAAUUUUAUUUUUCAAGAUGGAGGAAUGUUUUAACAAAGUUGUGUCAGUUCACUUGAAGUCUUCAAGCCGAGAAAACAGAAAGUCUGUCGUACGCAUCAAUGUAUCUUUUCGCUCGAUCUCUUCGCCAACGAACAAAGAACUUGUUGUCCGAAUCACGGAUGAAGAAGACUUGUGCUUUCUCUACAAUCUUGUUUUAGGCGAAACUGAUUUCCACACGUUAAAAAGUCAACAAGGUUUGCUGGUUGAUUUUUGUGCCUUUCCUCAAAAGUUUAUUGACCUGUUGGAACUUUGUCGAGAAGAAGAACAACGAGAUAGUCCAAAAUUUCUGCUUCAGUUUGUUGUUGGCAGUGGUUUAGAUCAAGGUGUGGCCACUCUUCAUGUGGUAGAGACCAACCCAUUUAAACAUCUGACUCACCUAUCAUUGAAAUUCCUUCCUGGAUCUGAUUCUGAAGUCAAGAAAUAUCUGGCAAACUGUCUUAAAAAUCUGCAGGAUGAGAAACAAAUCUUAGAAAGGCGUCUUGCCAGUACAGAGGCUGAUCUUCAACAAAAACUUAGCACCUGCCAAGAGGUGUUAGCAAUCAAAACAAGAGAGUUGAGCUCAGUUCAAUCAGAGUGCUCUACCAGGUCAUCUCAGUUGGAAAACAAGCAUGCACAGGAACUGGCAGCAGAAAGGGAAAAAGCACUUCAGUUGGCCACUGAAAAACAACAGAGUUUUGAGAGAGAAAAGAGAGAACUGGACCAGAAUCACCAAGCACAGACAGUGAGAUUAGAGGUCAGGCUCAAGGAUGUUGAAAACUCCAACAAAGACCUGAAUCAGAAAAAGUACCAAGCGGAUUCUUGCAUCAGAGACCUCAAGUCCAAACUAGCAACACUGGAUGAGGAAUGCAAAUUUACCAAGCAAGAACUUCAUAAACUUCGCCGUGAAAAUGGCUCACUGGAUUCAGAAAGACAUGAACACAGUAAAACACUCAGCCAACUGCAGACUAGAGUGGCUGUGUUGGAACAGGAAUUAAGGGACAAGGAACAGGUCAUAGCACGAACCAAUGAACUGUUGGAGAAUUCCAAUGAACAACGUAGAAAGCAAGAGAAGAUAUUGGAAGAAAAACAGGAGCAGAUCAAUAAAAUGGAAGCCAAUAUGACAUCAGUAACAGCCGAUGUGAUCAAGGGAAAUGAGAUAAUACAAAGGUUACAAUCAGAAUUACGGACCUACAAGUCUAAGAUGAAGCUGAAGAGUGUGGUGAUGACUAAACAAGAAAAGCUCCUUGAAGAAAAGGAAACAGCUUUUGAAAAACACAGACAGGAAAAAUCCAGCUUGGAAACCGCCUUGAAGAAUAAAGAGGAAGAGCUAAAGAAGCUGAGUGAGUCAUUGGAGACAACCACAGCCAAGCUUGAAGAAAGUAAACAACUGCUGAAGACUAAUGAAAAUGUUAUCAAUUGGCUGAACAAGCAAAUGAAUGACCAGAUGAUGUCCCAGCAACGGCUGGGGCCUUUUGAAAUGCACACGAAACCUGUGUCCACACGAGGACCGCCUCUAGUGGCAUAUUUCACGGCCAUCUUCCCCUACAUUGUGUUGUGUAUCUUAUUGGUGCGUGGUGUCACUCUGCCUGGUGCACUUGAUGGGAUCAUCUUUUACCUAAAACCAGACAGACAACGAUUCGGGCGUUGUUGGACACCUUCACCAAACUUCGUCACUAUAAGGGACGAUGCCUCUUCUGUCUUUGUGUUAUUUCAUAUCUUAUCGGGCUCUCUUGUGUCACUAAGUGUACCAUCAGGUGUGCUGCCUCCUGCAGGGGGUGUCACCCCUCUCAGCCGCCCGCUGACCGGUUUGACGCACAACGCAGAACCCUUUCUCGACGCUAAGUAUCUUCAUCCUACUGCAAAUGGAGCUCAGAGGACUGGCACCGAGCCUCCACUUAUGUCCGCUUACUUUCCUAAACCACGUGGUACAUUGCCUACCACGUGAGCACCAUAUGGAUGGCAAGUUUCCUGUGAAAAAAACUUUUGGGAAGUGUGAGAGAUGGCCUUGCGAAUCAUUGAAAUGUACGCGUGCGCAGAGAGGAAGCUUGUUUUAAAUACAAUCAAUUGCAUCGUUAAGGUCCGAAAGACACGGCCCUACGGGCCAGUUUUUUCCCACCUCCUUUUUCAACUGCGGAAAUAACUCCCUACAAGGUGCCUUCGUUUUGAGUUCUUUUCUUUCAUCAAGAAGUUGUCAUGGCUAUACAUAGAAAGCUUCUUCGAUCUCUGAAUAACUUUACG